AUGGCUCUACAUUUACCAUGUAGAUACGCGAUGCUAAGCCGCCAGGUCAGUCGUGCUCCCUACCUUUCUUCCCUAUACCACACACUCUCUCGCAAGAUGGGCGGAUCUAUACCCAGACGCGCUCUUCGGCCGUCCACAGGCCAUGGCACAUUUCGACACAGGAUGAAGUCGCUGACACGCCUCUUCCAAGGACCCGACCCUUAUUCCUACACAGCCGGUCGAUGGCUAAACAGGGACGAACUCCAGCGUACAUCGCGUGCUUUAAACUUCGAUUUCCCUCUUCUAUGUGAGAUGGCUGUAAAGUCAUGCCGUGGAGCGUCCAAGGCUAUCGGAUAUGAGAAGAAAGAGGGAGGAUACAACCGAGUCUUUAUCUUCACCAUGGACACUGGCAGGAGAAUCGUCGCAAGGGUGCCAACACAGGUCGCUGGGCCGCCGAAGUUAACGACCAAUUCAGAGGUUGCCACCGUAGCUUAUCUGCGGCUAAAGACAGCCCUUCCAAUUCCCAAUAUACUCCUCUGGAGCGAUGAUCCGUCCAACCCAGUUGGGAUCGAGUACAUCAUCCAGGAAUAUGCCGAGGGCGUGCAGUGCAUGAACAGUGGCCCACAUGGAUACGUCAGCACAUGCUUUGUAACAAGGACUUAUCGCUUAAGUUGA